AUGGCUACAGUGGUCGUCCAGCAGCCACCAGUCCUUGUUGGACAAUCCAACACUCCUCCCCCGAUGGGCCCGACCCUGACUUUGAACAGACCAUCAACACCAGUGCCCAAUAAACAUUUACCAUAUUGUCCGCCAGGUCCUGUUCCUUCGCAGACUCAAAUCACUCCACCCAACUCACCCCCUCUGCGUACAGUCGCACCCAAGCCCAGCUCACUCCUCCAUCCGCCAACCCCAUACCAGAAGCUAUGCAACUCACCACCCAUCUAUGGCCUCACCACCAAGGAACUCGCCGAAGCCCUUUACCACUACUCAUCUCAGCCCUUGCCCAACCCAUCCUCUGUCUUUCCCUGGCUUCAUGGGCUUCAUCCGGACAAUCACAUACAAUUAGCCUUCUUCGUAGCUAGAAAAAAAUCGUUGCGAAGGAUUCCCAAGUGUCUAAGAGGAAUCACAAUCAUAAAGGCUGGCGGGGACCUGAGUCGGUCUCGGAUCAAUGGUGCUAUUGCCCCAGACGAGAUCCUCAAUCUUUCCGAGGGGAAUGGUCGAGGAUUUGUUGACUGCGACCCUCGAGAAGGUUUCUCCGUCCGCAACUUCCAUAUUCAAGCCGCAAAGAUGGCCUUGGUCUCUGACAUAGUCAUAUAUGGUGACGAAGAUACUGACCAUCGCAUUAUCAAAUCAGUCGCUGAACGGACAGCUGCCGUUCAGAAGCGAUGGCGGAAAGAGCUAGAAAACAUGGGCCACUGUCCCGAGACCUUCCAUACUUUUGUCCUCACCCAACAAUUCGAAGACUUCGAACAACACUAUCCUGACUUGGUCUCCGUCGAUUCUCAAGGAAGAUAUGCCGACCAUACUCUAGACUUCCUUCAACAAGAAAGAAAGGAGAUGUGUGCCAUGUCCAAAGCGUCGGAAAUCUCCCAUGGUGUCUUUCAGGGCCCUUCACCGGGACCACAUACUGUACCACCCUCCAGCCCUGAUGAUCCGACUUUUGGCCUCUACGUCGAAGCUAGUGAUCAUGCUACAGUCCCAGAUGAUAGGCUGUUGGCAGCGAAGCGCAAACAACUGGAAAAUCGAGAAGACGAUGAUCCGGUACAUCUUUCCUUCCCCAGCUCUGGGAGCAUACUGCCUCCCUCGUGGUCACAUGCAGAGGCAGACGGUAUCUUACGCAUGUGCAAGUGGCUAUAUGAGUUGACUCACAAUGUCAAACCAGUUGGCGCCACAAGAGAUGAAGAUGGCGAUAUCCAGAUGACUGAGCUGGCAUCGUCUGCACGGAAAGUCCUCAUACACUGUGCCGAUGGUUAUACCGAGACAUCCAUGUUGACUGUCGCCUAUUUCAUGUACGCUGAGGGUUUGCCCUUACAUGAGGCAUGGAUCCGCCUGCAUAGCGAGAAAAAGAGAAAUUUCUUCGCAUACCCGUCGGAUGUUGCUCUCUUAAUCGCAAUUCAAGACCGUAUCCUGCACGAGAGUCCCAAGGCUCGUGAGAGGUCAGCAACCAUACCUGAAGCACCAGCAUGGCUAGCAAAACUGGAUGGAAGUCUCCCGAGUAGAAUCCUCCCAUACAUGUACCUUGGCAAUCUAACACACGCAAAUAACCCCGAGAUGCUCAAAUUACUCGGAAUCAGGCGCAUUCUGAGCGUGGGUGAACCGGUUUCGUGGAAUGAUUCCCAGGUAAAGUCUUGGGGACGAGAAAACUUGCUCAUGGUGGAUCGAGUUCAAGACAAUGGUAUUGAUGAACUGACAACUGAAAUGGAAAGAUGCCUAACAUUUAUUGGAAAAGGCAAAUCUGAAGGCAAUGCUACAUUGGUACAUUGUCGCGUUGGCGUCAGUCGAUCGGCCACCAUAUGCAUUGCAGAGGUUAUGGCGAGUUUGGGUUUGAGUUUUCCUCGAGCAUACUGCUUCGUUCGCGCACGGCGCCUAAAUGUCAUCAUCCAACCCCAUUUAAGAUUUGUCUACGAGUUAAUGAAAUGGGACGAGUGCCAGCAAAUCAAGAGGCAAGAACCUCUCAAGCGGGAAAUGGACUGGGCCACGGUCGCAAGGGAGAUUGCAGCUAUGAAUAGACCAUAUGCUCGGACUUGA